CUGUCUGAGUGAGUGCCUCUCUGGGUAUUGAAACACAGCCAUUAGAUUCCGGAAAUUAACAAACUCGUGAUGUCAGGAGGAGUGGAGGAGAAACGGACAGCACAGGAUAAAUUUACGUGUAUAUCGUAGGAUUUCUGGACUGUAGAGAUAUGACAGCGUCAUAUGAUGGAGUUAACGUGUGAAAGGAGCACUGGACAUGUUUCAGGGAGAUUGUGGAUGAACGCUGGUCCAAACUGAAAGUGUUUUCGCGCGCAUCGUGUGCUUCCUAUUACAGAUCAACGCUUCAGCAAACAUGACGCGACUCGCAUUGGAACAAGUGACUGAUUUCGCCGAUUUCACGAAAGGAAAGGAUCUAAAAGAGUUUUUCAAACAGGCAGACUCCAACAUUUCAUCUCAAAACUGUCUGUCCGAUGUGCGUCUGAGUCCAGAUGGACGUCACAUUCAUGUCAUUGUGCGUCAGCCCAAGAGUGGUCUUAUGACACAUGACAAAUAUCAGCGAGCCCCUCUUAUGCAAUGCCAGAAGCACGUUGAUUUAGUGCUAACUGGAAAAGUGUCUAUAGUGGAUGUCAUUUAUAUCCCUCAAAGCAAACCAGAAGAUGGAACCUCUGUGUUGGGAGUUAUUUUUGAGAAUGGAAGAGUGGAAUUCUGGAAAUUCCUAGAGUCCAGAUCAGGCUGGCAUUUGCUCCAGACCGUGGAUCUGUGCAAGAGCCCUCGUGCUAAAGUCAUUUCGGUGUGCAUAUGUCAGAAUUUCAUUAUAUGGUGUGAGGAGCGACCACCAUCUGAGAACUCCAAUACUGUAAGCAGCAACUUCAGGUUCUGCAUCUGCAAAAAGAAUAUAGAAGUUAAUGAGGGGGGUGUGAGUUUGGGAAAUGUGAAAAUUGCAUUGCAUAAUAAUCCUCGAUACACAACCAUCAGUUCUGGGGAUUUGGUCUAUCUGCUCCCAGAUAUGAGGGAAAACUCUUCCAUGGGCGUCUCAAAAGUGUUUCUUGCAUGGUCUCCUGAACAUGACAUCUUUAAAGUGCAUAGUACCUGUUGUUGCACACUUAUGAAAAGCUCGAGCAAGGAAUCUGACUUCAAGAGACUUGUUACAGACUGCAUUGGCCUUCUAUCCACCAUAAAUCCUCCUGAUAUCUGUGGAUUCUCUCCAACUGGAUGUGGAGACCUCCUUCUCCUUCUCAGCACUGGUUGGGUAUGCAUUAUGAAGAGGGACGGCGGUCUUCGCAACAUAUACAAACUUCCUGAUAACUGCCUAAGUGCUAGUGGGUCCCAAAAUAGCCUGAAUAUAUAUAACGAAAUCCUGGCACUAACAAUAGGCAGGACCCUCUUCUUAAUCGACACUACGUGUGGUCUGGAAUUAGAAAGAAUAAGUCUGAAAACAGAAGGUCUUCUCUUCCUAAACACUUUGGAUAGUCACUCUCCACAAAUGCUGUCACAAACCGGGCUGUUUGUGGUCACGCAGAACCCGAAGUCUUCUCCAACGCUUUCAGAAGACUUGAGUGCACUCUUGGUUGAGGCUGUCUUUGAGGAGGCAUGUAAAUACUAUCAGCAAAGAAGUCUAAGUAGCACGCAGCUCACGGUAGAGAAGCUAAAAAAAGGUGGGAUGUUUCAAGCGCCCAUAUCGCUGGCUGCCAUCCUCAGGGAUUACCUCAGCAACCAGAAGACCAAAACUGGCGAGAAACAUUCCACAGGUCAAGAAAGACUCAUGAGCUCACUCGAAUCGGAACUCAAGAGUCUUGUUUUGCUGGAGGACAUCAAAACAUCAAUGGUGAAGGCUUCGGAGAAAGAUCUGGAGAACUAUAGUGAAAGCUUGGUGCAGCAGGAGAUCUGCCGGCUGCUUAGCGGUGAGCUAGAGAGGGAGAAUCUUCAAUACCUGAACGGCAUCUUCUAUCUCUUUCCCACUUUCUCCUGGCACGCCAUUCAAGCGGUUCUGCAUUUGAAGUGCAACGGUGAGGGUUUGUUGUCUUCUAAAGCUCCUGCGGAUUUAUGGAAAAUCAUCCUCAAGCCUGUGCAACCCACAGCGAACUCUGCUCACUGCAACGGUCAGCAGAAACACUCUGCGGUGCCUGUGUUUGAGCUCUUGUGCCACUCCAUCUUCAAAUUCCAGCCCAGCUCGCUCCCUAGUUUUCUCGAACUGGCACAACAACAAUCCAGCAGGUCCUCCAAGUCUUCGUGGGGUUAUGGCAUGAAAGAGAGCUCUGAGAGCUUGCCACUCUAUAAACGGGCCUUGACGGUGCUCCCUUGCAAUGGGACCUACCAACAGCUGGAAGUGGAGCUGCUUUUGUGCAGCGAGCGGCCUAAAGCAAUAAUGCAAGCGUUGCGGAUUCUCAUCAAGCAAGGCCAGUGGGUACAGGUUGUACAAGUAGCUGAGAGGUUCUGCCGGCAGAGCCCACUUCUGAACAAAGAGAUUUUCAGUGCUCUGCUGUGCGAAGUGUCCCAACAUAGAGACUUGGACCCUUAUUUGGACCUGCUGUGGACUCUUUGUCCAGAGGACAUGACUGUUACGAGCAUACUUAAUAUUGUAUUGAAAAACCUGCCUGAUUCAACGCAGAACUCAGGACCUUUUGAGACGCACGGCAACCAGGUCACCACCGGGCUUUUGAAACCACUGCUUAGAAAAGUUCUCCAAAGGGAGACCAAACCGAGCCAAAGGUACGCAGAUAUCCUUCAGUCACCCACGGUUCCUCCGCUCACUCCUCCACGUCAGCCGAAGGGACUGUUCAGAGAUGCUGAGCAGAAGGAAACCAAGCAGAGGACUUCCUCUGGAUCUCAAGUGACAUGUCAAGCCAGACUGGUCUGACUUUCCCACUCGCAAAUCAUUUCUGACCCUUUACAUGGCCUGUUAUUAAAAAAGCUCUUAUCACCACAAAAUGAAAUUGUGUUAUCAUUUACUCAGGCUCAUGUCAUUCCAAACUUGUAUGAGUUUCUUUCUUCUGUGGAAACUAAAAAAUAUAUAUGCUGGUGAACAGUUUUUAUUUUUUUAUUUUUUCUUCCAUAUACAAUUAAAGACAAUGGGGUCCAAAACAAACUUUGGACUCAAUCGAGUUUCACUAGAUUGACUGUAUUUCCUGUUCUAAACAACAAUGUAAGUCAUACAAGGUUUGGAAUGACAUCAGGGUGAAUAAAUGAUGAGACAAUUUCUUUUUUGGGUCAACUGUCCCUUUAAUACAUAUUAUUUACCUUGCAUGGUCUGAACAAAAUUACAGAGCUUCUUAGGGCACUGAGAUAUAUACUGAAAAUAUCAAACAAUAUUUUAUUAACUAUUAAAAUUGUAAAGUAUUAACUUGCAAUGCACAUAUGUUUAAUUACUGCUUUAAUUAUUCCUUAUAUAGAAUGUAAUAUAUGUUGUUUUUAUGUUAACUUGGGUUUGAUGCAUUUCAUCUUACAUUGUUGUGUCUUUUAAAAAGUAUUUUCUUUUUCCUUAUCUUCAGAUGUGUCCUUUUUAUAGCCAUCACACGAAGGCAUGCUGUCACUCUAAUCCAAAUGCAAGGUCAGAGAUGACUAAGCAUCAUCCACAUUUCAUGCUCUAGAUCUUUUAUUUUAUGAACUCUUAGCAUAACAAUGUCUUUUUUCUGCUGACACUACAGUUCAUGUCAUCGUACGCUAGGAGUAAUAAUAUAUUUUUUUAAUUCUGUGGAAGAUGUAAGCUAAAAAAAUGCAUUAGUCAUUCAUAAAAAUGUACAGUAAUAUAAAAUGUACUGGGCAUGCUGAUGCAUUGGAAAAUUUAGAUUUGGUCAUUUCAUGUAAAAUGCCUUGUAUGUUUUCUGGAUUGCUCUUGUAUUUAGUGCUAUCACAGGGAUUUUAACUUUGUAAAAAGCAAUUAAAUAUGACUCCUGUAUUGCUGCCACUUGUUUUCAAGUCUCUUUCUGAGAUAAAGUGUCACGGCUGUCAUUAGUGAUGUAUGGUUUGGUGGUCUGGAGGGGAAUUCUGAUGAGCUUCUAAUGCAAAGCUUUAUAAACUCACUGGGUCUGUACAGACCCACCCUCUGCAUUCCUACUGAGCUCAGCAGCAGCAUUCACAGAACUGCUUUAAAUUCAGUUCAGCUAAAUUCUAUUAUACAGUGACCAGCUUCAAACUCAAUUAUUUUGGGCAGGCUUGUGUUGCCCUGAAUUGACUGGUCACAGCUAAUUGUGUAUGGAGAGCUGAAACACUUCUGUUUUCUCUUUGUGAUGCAAGUGUUUACUGAUUAUUGGUGUAUUAUGCACGAUGUAUUUGGAAUUUUAAUUUAUGAUCUAAAGAAAUCAACUAAAGGCACUAAAAACAGUUUCAAAAUGUAAUUUUAAAAACAUUUAGUAAAAAUGUCUGAAAUAUCUCUGUGUGCUACUGUUAGACAAACCCAUGCAGCAUUCUGUCUGCUGAGGAAAAAGUGAAUUGUUUGAACACUAAUACUGGCAAACCCUACAGCAUAACCUACAGUAUAUAUGUGAAUAAACAGAAUAAAGUUAUUUUGUUAAAACCAAAA